GCUCGACUCCGGUUUGAUGUCAGGCUCGUGUCGGUAUUGUCAAAAGCGAGAAUGAGUAGAAACAACCGGGGACAUGUGUUUUAGCUGCCAAGCAACUGUUUUUCGUCAAGAUAUCAGGAUGGAUGUCGGUAUUGAGCUUUUUAUUAUUAACCAGCAUGUUUACGGACCUGCAGAUAAGCGCUGCAAAUGUAGUUUGCGCUUUUCAACCGGCAUUGAAUGCACCAUGUGACCAUGUGCGGAAGAGGAAAGAGUGUCGGUUGAGACAGUCGCGCACACCCGGGGUCGUACAUUUAGCCCCGGCCAAUGCGCUGCAGAGGACUUCCUCUGAGCUCCGUGCAUUUUACGACACGGUUGCACCUGUCAAAACAAGGCCAGGGUUGAGCUUCCGGGUCUCGAAAGUUUCGGUCCAAGUGAUCAUCGUUGUCCCGAACGCACUUGACUUCCAACCCCACCGAUUCAAGCAGUUGAAAUGGCGGUGAGGCAAAGGAUUUUCAACUCGACGGCACCCUUCUCCGGGUCGCCCAAAGCGGAGCUGAAGGGGUCUUACCCAUCCUGCUCGGCUGCAGACCAGGAGGCGGAAGAGGAGGAGGAGGAGGGGGAGGAGGGGAAGGACAGCAAAAUGGGGUACAUAGCCUGCCUCAGCCCUUUGAUAAAUAAACUCCUUACACAUGGGACUGCGGAGCAAGUGGGAGAAAUGCCACUGAAGACCUCGACCUUCAUUGCCCAAGCGGAAUGUGAAACCCAGGACUCUCAAGAGUUCAGUCCGUCCUGCUUCGAGCGCUCCUUUUUUCCCUCCCCGAACUGCUUCACCAGCAGUCUUCCCUCAGAGUACAACAAUGUGGCGUGGCCAACCGCGGCCUGCAUGCAGGAGCUGGGCAUCUCGUCGGCACAGCUCACCCCGAGAAAGAAGGCCAGGAAGAGACAGAAGCGCAAGGGGAGGAAGAAACUGGAGAAGAAGAAGGAGAGGCAGCGGCACAGACACCGAAUGCGCUCCGGAGUCCCUGAACAGGAGAGUGGAAGUUCUCUGGUCCGGGUCCUGGAUGAGUUGUCCCUGGGAGGGAGAAGCGGCCUCAGCACUUCUUGCUCUAGCAGCUUUGAAAGCUCCGAGGAGCAGCACGGGGGGCCUUCUCCCUACAGCCGACAGAUCUACAACACAGGCUCCAGCUGUUCUCCCCUCAACUGGGGGGACCCGGUCUGCAAGCCCCUCUCCAGUCUCCAUUCCUACGGCCAGGACAGCGUCUCGGACUCCCUCAGCAGUCUGGGAGACUGUUUUCUGGCUCUUGCUGGCCUCAGGGGCAGCGUCAGUCAGGGGGACCCGUGCUACGCCGGGCCCUUUUUCAAAGAUGUGGAGAGGGACGUAAGAGAAGAGGAAGAGAAGCGCUCGGCAGCCGGCUCUGUCAGCACUGAGGGAAUCAUCUUUUACAAUGAAAAAAUCCAGCCGGUGGACUCCGAGUACAAGGAAGGGAGGGAGUAUGUCCUCACACAGUUUAUCAAGGAGGGCUCCUUCGGGGAAGUACACAGCGCUCAAGAUGUCAACACAGGCUUCAAAUUCGCUGUCAAAAAGAUCGCCCUGAAGAGGUUCAGCAGUGAGGAGGUGGGUGCGUGGAGUGCCCUCAGAUCUCCUCGCGUGGUGGAACUCUUUGGAGUGGUCCGCGAGGGGCCGAACGUUGUCCUCAUCAUGGACCACAAAUCUGGCUCCCUGGGCCAGCUGAUAGCGGAGCGCGGCCGGCUGCCAGAGGACCUGAGUCUCCACUACCACUCGCAAAUCCUAACAGCGCUGGAGUACCUGCGGAAGAAAAAAGUGGUGCAUCUAGACAUUAAAGCUGACAAUGUGUUGCUGUCGGAGGACGGUCGAGACACCUUCCUGUGCGACUUUGGACACGCGGAGAGACUCGACACUCGAGGCCAGAGCCUCAGCGGGUCCAACGAUCUGAAGGGCACGGAGACCCACAUGGCCCCCGAGAUCGUGAAAGGGGAACCCCGCGGGGCCAAAGCAGAUGUGUGGAGCAGCUGCUGUACGUUACUGCACAUGCUCAAUGCGUGUCAGCCGUGGACCAGAUACUACACCUGUAGACUUUACCUGAAGAUUGCCAACGAGCCGCCGCCGCUGAGGGAGAUUCCGCCCAACUGCAGCCCUCUCACAGCGGAGGUUCUCAAGGCGGGUCUUCAGAAGGAUCCGGCCAAGAGGGCGUCGGCGUCUGAACUCAAAGGAAAAGCUGCCAGAGCUCUGAGAGAAGUGGGAGGACUCACCAGUCCAGUGAGGGGGCCUUUCACGGAGCCCUUGUACAUCGCCGACAAACCUCCGGACCGUCUGCAACUUGUCAACAGCAGCGUGAAGUAUGAGGACGAGCAUCAAGAGCCUGUCGGGAAAGGGAUCCCAGCAGGCAGCGGGCCGGAGGACCUGGAGGACGACCACGGAGAAGAGACAAAGCGAGACUCGCCUUCCCGUCCACAAACGCUGAUCUCUGAGCCGAGCUACAAGAGGGGCAACAGGGUCACCACUGUGCCUGAACUUGAGCUGCGUAAACUGGAGCGAGAUUUCUACCUGAGCAGUCUGUCCCAGCUGCACUCUGUCGAGAUGCAGGAGCAGCUCUUGUCGUGUCUCAGCAGUGACCCGUAUUCCACCUGGGAGCCGUGGGACAAAAAGGACUCCGGCCGCUGGUCUCUGAGUCCAGGAGACGACUUCAGCUCCGGUGUCUUCUCCUACAACAGUCAGCCAGACGUGCCGGUCUCCAGUCUGGAUUUGUUGAGUCACACCCAGAUGCCACCGCCCAGCUGCUUCGAAGGGGUGGACGUCUGCAUCAGAGACUUCAACAGGAGGAGCAUCCGCAUCAGGGAGACGCGGCGGGUGAAGGUGGGCCACAUCGCCACAGGAAUCAGUGAUCAGAUCACCGAGAGGGUUUUCACCCUGGAAACCCAGCGGGGCGGGCAGGUUGCUCACGAUGAGGAGGUGCAGGAGUCCGGUCUGGAGCUCAGCUGCGUUCCUGCUCCCGACUUCAGCUCAGCCUGGAGGUGGAGGAUCCGAGACGGAGUGCUGGAGACGAGAUAGAGACUCCCCUCCGGCUGCUCAGCCGUCCUGCACGUGGCCUUAUGUAGCGUCGGUUCAAAUAUUUGCCUUGAGUUUGUCUCGAUGUGCGAGGUGCUUUCACACGGGCCAAGAAUAAAUCCACCCCGUGUCUCAUGUUUUAAAUGCCAUGAAGGGGCGUGGAUGCGUGGAUGCGUUUGUUUUGUUGUUGUUUUUGUUCACUGUGACGCAGCCUUUCUUAUUGCGUGUGUGCAUUGAGUCAAUAAACAGCAUCGUAAGCUA